AUGACGCUGGACAAACUCGACAUUGGACGGCACCGCCGCCACGCCGACAGUCCUUGCGCACCGAUGAUGGUGGACGGUUUCUACAUCGACAUUCCGACACCCUCGGCCCGGAGUAUCUCGCCCAUGUCGGCGUCGGUGUCCCCCGGGAAGGAUAAAACGUUCAGCUUCUUCAAGAGUGUCUACCGUAAGAUCAGCCUGAAGUCGAACGACGAGCUCGACCAGCUCGGUGUGCAUGGGGAUGAGGACUCGCGCAGCUCCUCGGUAGACUCCUGCUCGUCCAUCAGCGACCGGGACCGGGACCAGCAGCUACUGUCGACGGCCGGUGGCAAGGAGCACGGACAGGAGUCUUCCCGAUGCUCCAGCGCCUCCAAGCUGCAGCUGAAACUGUCCAACCUCGCCCUCUCGAGUGCCUCCAGUGACUCGGCGGUCAGCUCCUGUUCGCGGGCAGAAUCCACCAAGGAGUCCCUGGACGGGCACGGUCCGGAGGAGGGUGAAGGUGGCUCGAAGGAGAACCGCCGGAAGUCGCGCCGCUCGUCGGUGCUGAAGCUACUCGAAAGCCUUGCCAUCCAUGCGCCCAUGCGCUCGCGGUCACUCUCGUGCAGCAACAGCUCGGUCAACAAUCUGCUGCACUCGAAGGGCCGGGAGUCGCGGGCGGAGUCGAAGUGCUCACUGUUCAGCACCAACAGUGCCAGCCACGGAUCGUCCGGUGCCGGCAAGGAGUCGAGUAAACCGCCCCCGAAGCGUAUCCUCCGACGGCCCGUGUCCUACACCUAUCUGCGGGGCAUUUCCGGCCUGCCGACGCAACGGGUGCCACGAUCGUCGAUCUGCUGCAGCUACUACGGGCGCUAG